AUGGCCACAGCCUUCGCGCUGCUCGCAGGGGUCCUGCUGCUCUGCUGGGGCGCGUUCCCGAAGUUUAAUAAGAGGUUAGGGGAUGGGUGCUCCCACCACUCUGAGUGCUUCAGCGACUGCUGCCUCAUGGACUUGGACCACGGGGGCACCUUCUGUGCCCCCAAGGCCAGAAGAGCCAUGACAUGCUUGCCCCAGACCAAGGGAGCCACCAACAUCAUAUGCCCCUGCCACUGGGGCUUGACUUGCAUCUCCAAGGACGUGUUCUGUCCCCGCCGGUGCCAGUUGAUUUAG